AUGGAUAUGCACACUACCCCAAGUGUCACUGCUCCAACAGCUUCCGUCUCAGCCAAUACUCAAAGCGAAGGUCCCAUGAGCUACUUCUCCUAUGGACAGCACUCCAGCACCAUUCUGGCGCACAUUGCGCUCAUGACCCUUGGCUGGUGCCUUGUUCUACCUGCGGCCGUCGUACUUAGCGUUGGCCGCUCGCGCCUAGCACUCCCGUCGCAGUUCUUGUUUCUAUUCAUUAAUACCAUUGGUCUGCUCUUUGGCAUCAUCUAUAAUCGCCAGACCCCCGAUCUGUACGAGAACAACGCCCAUCACAAAAUCGGCUGGAUCGUGACAUGGCUCAUCGGUGUGCAGGCCGUUCUGGCCUUGAUAUUUGCGUAUGCUGGUCAUGGCGAGCCCAAGCAGUCGCAAUCGAGAUCUCUCAAUCACGCCCCGUUUCUCCCUAUCGCUACGGAUGACAAUGAAUCUCUUUACGCAAGUAGAGCAAUACACGAAUACCGGUGGUCCCGCGAUAGUGGCCAGGGGACUGAACCUUUAUCGCCAUCCUGCGAGUCGCAGGCCGAGGAUGACAGCUUUGUAAAGCCUGAGGAGCUCUAUGCGAAGCCUUCUGGUCUGCGUGGCUGGUUGUACAGUUCCAAUGUCCAUCGGUUCCUCUUAAAGUGCAUGCCGGGAAUGGUAUCGAACCACGUUCUACGCAGUUUCAAUAUUGGUUAUAAUGUGAUUGAUCGGAUCAUUCUUCCCUUUGGCUUUAUUGCUAUUACCACCGGAGGUGUUACUUAUGGUGGUAUCUUCCAUGGUAACGAGGUCUUCAACGGUCUGGCACACUUCAUUAAAGGUGGAAUCUUCUUCUGGUAUGGUAUUCUCACUCUUGGUCGGUUUACCGGAGCCUGGGCAGACCUAGGAUGGGCCUGGAACAAAAAGCCCCCAGCAAGCGUUGUUGGCUGGAAGGCAAAGGUUCCCUCCGGCGAGUUUGUAGAGUCGUUCGUCAUCUGGUUAUAUGGUGUUACCAACGUCUUCUUAGAGCAUCUAGCCGGCUGGGGGGAAGAGUGGACAGCGAAUGAUUUGCAACACGUCUCAAUCUCUAUUAUGUUCUUUGGUGGUGGCCUUGUCGGCAUGCUCUUUGAAUCCCGGCGCAUUCGCGACGCGCUCAACAACAGCGUACUACGACCCCCUACCUAUGAAUCCGACACUGAUAACUGGCAGCCUCCCAAGUCACAGGGUGUUCCCCUCAACCCGAUGCCAGCUCUUAUCAUCCUUUUGCUGGGUAUGAUGAUGGGAUCGCACCACCAGGACAGCAUGACUUCGACUAUGGUGCAUAAGCAAUGGGGUAAUAUGCUCGUUGGAUUCGCGAUUGCUCGUGGAAUGACAUACAUCCUGCUGUUCCUGCGCCCACCCACCUCAUACCUCCCGGGUCGCCCUCCCACCGAGAUUGUGACUGGAUUCUGUCUUAUGUCUGGGGGGCUCAUUUUCAUGCUCAGCGCCCGCCAAGUGAUCGAAGCCAUGGAGUUUUAUAAGCUGGACGCCAUGUUCACCUUCACCGUGGGCAUGGGCUUCACAGCCUUCAUUAUGUCGCUGGUGGUUCUGGUCGUCGCAAUUAAGGCGUGGGCAGUGAGGUGCGAGAGGGGACGAAACGAGAGAAGUUGA